UAAGUUGCUUCAGAAUUUGGAGAAGAAAUUACAGCUGGAAAAUAUAUGAAAGAGUUUUUAAACCUACAGAUUCUUCUGACUUUAGAAUCAGUUGUUAUAUUACCAAGAACAGAUAAAUGCAGAUGUUGGACCAUGUCAAAAAUCUUGUCAAGAGAGUGGAUUGUUUCACACAGAAACGAGAUGUGUCUUCUGAUUCUGAUGGCACAUUUGUUCCAGAGAAAUGUGAAUUCAGGACAUAUGCCAACGAAAGCUGUGGACCCAGAAGCAUUCAUGAAUAUUAGUGAAAUCAUCCAACAUAAAGGUUAUCCCUGUGAGGAGUAUGAAGUCCCAACAGAAGAUGGGUAUAUUCUUUCUGUUAACAGGAUUCCUCAGGGCCUAGUGCAACUUAAGAAGACAGGUCCCAGGCCUGUGGUGCUACUGCAGCAUGGCCUGCUUGGAGAUGCUAGCAACUGGAUUUCCAACCUGCCCAACAACAGCCUGGGCUUCAUUCUGGCAGAUGCGGGUUUUGAUGUGUGGCUGGGGAACAGCAGGGGAAACACCUGGUCUCAGAAACACAAGACCCUCUCCAUAGACCAAGAUGAGUUCUGGGCUUUCAGUUAUGAUGAGAUGGCUAGGUUUGACCUUCCGGCAGUCAUAAACUUUAUUUUGCAGAAAACGGGCCAGGAAAAGAUCUAUUAUAUCGGCUAUUCACAGGGUACCACCAUGGGCUUUAUUGCAUUUUCCACCAUGCCAGAGCUGGCUCAGAAAAUAAGAAUGUAUUUUGCUUUAGCACCCAUAGCUACUGUUAAACAUGCAAAAAGCCCUGGGACCAAAUUUUUGUUGCUGCCAGAUGUGAUGAUCAAGGGAUUGUUUGGUAAAAAAGAAUUUCUCUACCAGACCAGAUUUCUCAGACAGUUUGUUAUUUACCUUUGCGGCCAGGUGAUUAUUGAUCAGAUUUGUAGCAACGUCAUGUUACUCCUGGGAGGAUUUAACACGAACAACAUGAACAUGAGCCGAGCAAAUGUGUAUGUCGCUCACACGCUUGCUGGAACAUCUGUGCAAAACAUCCUGCACUGGAGCCAGGCAGUGAAUUCUGGGGAACUUCGGGCAUUUGACUGGGGCAGUGAGACCCAGAAUCUGGAAAAAGGAAAUCAGCCAGCUCCUGUAAGGUACAAAGUUAGAGACAUGACGGUCCCUACAGCAAUGUGGACUGGGGGUCAGGACUGGCUUUCAAAUCCAGAAGACGUGAGAAUACUGCUCUCCGAGGUGACCAACAUCAUCUAUCAUAAGAACAUUCCUGAAUGGGCUCACGUGGAUUUCAUCUGGGGUCUGGAUGCUCCUCACCGUAUGUACAAUGAAAUAAUACAUCUGAUGAAGCAGGAAGAGGCCAGCAUUUCCUAGGGAACUGUCAGUAUCAGAUUGUGAAGCAUCUGAUAAUGACAAGUCUUAGGAAAAAUCUCAUGAAAGAUGGGGCCGGGAUACAUGAAUGGAGGACUUCAAAGAUUUCCAGCACUGGAAACCUACCAUAUUAGUAGAAGGGAAGUGGAGAAGGGAAGGCAGAAACACAGUAUACAUUCCUUCAGAUUUUCUGCAUUUGGCACUAAAACUGGCAUUUAAUUUUUUCAAUUAAUUAAAUUACUCAUUGGGUGAACAUACUUUUCAUGUGCUAUUAUGUGCUCUGCCAUCUUGAAGGGUAGGUUUUACCUGACAGCUAGAAAUUAUCUAGACAUUCUUUAUGUCAUUCAGGUACAUUUCCUUAAAACAUUUAUUUUUUUGUCUACGAGCCAUAUUUUUGGAACAAUAAAGUAAAAAGACAAAUUGGGGUCAGAGGUCUUAAAUCUCUGGAUUGUUGUUGAAUUUGACAAAAUAAGCUAGACGUUUUCACCUUAUUGCUACAGAGACGUAACACUACCUCAGGAAGCCAAGCUGCUUUAACCAAAAAAGAAAAAGAAGGGACUUCCCUGGCAGUCCAGUGGUUAAGACUUUGCCUUCCAAUGCCAUGGGUGCGGGUUCACUCCCUGGCCGGGGAGCUAAGAUCCCACAUGCCUCGCAGCCAAAAAACCGAAACAUAAAUCAGAAGCAGUAUUGUAACAAAUUCAAUAAAGACUUUAAAAAUGGUCCACUUCAAAAAAAAUUUUUUUUUUUAAAAAAGAAAAAGAAAAAUCAAUGUACAAGUAGAGAUGAAAAGACCAAGUUUUGUAGUUGAGUGUCAGAGAAGAUAAUUUUGUAGGGUAUUUUGAGUUUUCUAAUAAAUGCAUUAUGCAUUGCGUAAAGCAUGCACGUGUAUUUCAGUACCUAGGUUCUAGUCCAAGCUUGUUUGAGAGUUUACAGCUUGCGGCUAGGAGACCUUCUGGUUUCCAAUGUCUGGCCCAGGUUUCUGCCUUCAAAAAUUAAACGCUGGGGGCUUCCCUGGUGGUGCAGUGGUUGAGAAUCUGCCUGCCAAUGCAGGGGACACGGGUUCGAGCCCUGGUCUGGGAAGAUCCCACAUGCCGCGGAGCAACUGGGCCCGUGAGCCACAA